GUAAUUUACGUAACGCCUACAUUUAAAGCGUAUAUAGAAUUACACAGGCGAAAUAACUAAAAGUAAAACUAACAUUAAUGUUACCAGUUAUUAUGUCAUCAUUUGGUCAUUUUAUCAUUUUUGCAGAUAGACUAUUUGCUUUGGCAUAAAAUAGAUUAAAUGUAGUCUAAUAUUUGUUCAUGGUCUUCGACUUUCUGUGUUGUUUUUCGAUUAAGUCAACUUUUACCAGGUACUAAUUAAUGCACUAAAUAAAUUUUACAAAAUGUAGUACAUUAGCAAAAUGCCUCAAAGUGUUUGUCACUGUGAGCCUCUCCUACUCCUGCCCCACCAGGCACCAAACCCCUGGGCACACACGCUGGGCACACUGGCACACAUAUGUCCAGUGAUAACGCUCCUGAGGAAGGCGCUAAUGCGCAAAGCUUUUACCGGUAGAUGUUAACCAGUUGAAGAAGUAAUACUCAAGGGAAUCAUGGGAAAUGUAGGAUUUACUGGGCAUAUGACUUAAGCGUAUGGUUAACAAUGAAGAGUACAUUUCAGAGUAAGUGGAGACAGGCUUUUAAUCGGCUAGUAUUUAUAAAGGGGUCACCGGUAGUUUGAAUUAGCGCGGUUUUUUAACAUGUGAUCCAGCGAUAAAGCUCCCACGUAUAACCUAAGUUAGGCUACGUUGCUAGCAACAUAGUGGUGAAGUUCUAGGACUACAGCUACGUAAAGAGGACACUUUCACUUUGUUUUGACGGAGAACACGCUUUCAUAGCUCGGUUGCAGGGGGACAUACGUUCGCAGCUGUGUGCCUUCGUCAUUAUGACGUCUUUUCUGAGCUCCUUGUUACUGUCAACAAUUAGCACGAGGCUUCAGGCACACGGUUGUGGUCUGUGGCGUUUGUGUGCAGCUGGAGGAGCAGCUCCUCUGUACAGAAAAAUAAACUCUUGCCACGUGGAUGGACGUCGAGGUCUUUGCACUCGUGAUGGCAGCUCAGAGGUCAAAGGGCUGACCCUGAAGGACAUUGCCAAAAACAUCAGAGAAUCGCAGUACAAGAGAGUGGUGGUGAUGGCUGGAGCAGGGAUCAGUACACCCAGUGGUAUCCCUGAUUUCAGGUCUCCAGGCAGUGGCCUCUAUGACAACCUUCAGCAGUAUGACCUGCCAUAUGCCGAGGCCAUCUUUGAGAUCAACUUCUUUCAUCACAACCCGAACCCAUUCUUUGCUCUCGCCAAAGAACUCUAUCCAGGAAACUACCGACCCAACCUUAGCCACUACUUCGUACGUCUGCUUCACCAGAAGGGUCAACUCCUCCGCAUGUACACACAGAACAUCGACGGGCUGGAGAGAUUGGCAGGGAUUCCUCCAGAGAUGCUGGUUGAAGCCCACGGCACCUUUGCUACGGCCACCUGCACCGUCUGCCUCAGAAAAUACAAGGACGACGACCUACGAACCGACGUCCUAAAUGGCACAGUCCCUAAAUGUCCUACUUGUAAAGGUGUGAUAAAGCCUGACAUCGUGUUUUUCGGGGAGGAACUUCCGCAGCAUUUUCUCAAGUAUCUGACAGACUUUCCUCUGGCCGACCUGCUCAUAAUCAUGGGCACUUCACUGGAGGUGGAGCCCUUUGCCAGCCUGGCUGGAGCUGUGCGCAGCUCUGUCCCUCGUCUGCUCAUCAACAGGGACUUGGUUGGGCCUUUUGCCUGGCGCCGUCGUCCUCAGGACGUUGUGCAGCUGGGUGACGUGGUGAGUGGGGUGCAGGCCUUGGUCGAUGUCCUGGGCUGGACACCUGAGCUGAAAGCUCUAAUGGCUGAAGCUGUGGAGGACACUAGUGCUGCGAGAAAAACUGAGGAAUGACGUCAUUUCUUUGUGUCUCGCUGGAGGUUUGACUUCGUUUGCUGCAAGAAACACAAAGGGUGGGAUGACACUGUGUUACAGAGGAUCUGACAGAUGUUCAAGGUGGAUAAGUAACAAGAGGUAGCAGUGAAAUACAGAGUAAUAGAAACAGGUGAGUUUCACUUAGACCUGGGAUCUGCAACCUUUAGAACUAACGGGCCAUUUAUUUAUCAUUUAACCACCAGGUAAAAUUCACCAGGAGCUGCAAACACAUUUGAACAAUUCCAAUGAGGACAGGCAG